GUUGUUACUCUGAUGAGGCAGUCGAUUUGGCCCUUGACAAUGCAACUUGCACCAAAGUGCAACUUGUACGGCACCACGGCUAAGGAAAAUGUCAACGGGUGGAGUGCAGAAAACAAAUAAAACUCUCGUCAAAUCCAUUUAAAAGCCGAACAGCUUCUACACCUCUAGGAUGCGUCCUUAGUUCUCAGGUCUAACAGAAUAAUACCCAAGUGAUAUAGAGAGAAAUAUGAAGCUGGUUUGGUCUCCGGAUACAGCUCUAAAAGCUUAUAUUUAUACUGUUAAAUCAUGUGGGAAUUUCAAAGAAUCCGGCGUACCUGAGCUCCUCUCUGCCAUGGCAGCCGGCUGGAACGCUAAGCUAAUCGUCGAAUCCUGGUCAUACGGUGGUUCAAUGGCCACGAGCAUCGGAUUAGCUGUCGCUGCACAUCACACUUGCGGAAGACACGUGUGCAUAGUCAUGGAUGAACGGUCACGAACUGAGUAUAUAAAAUCCAUUCAAGGCGCGGGCAUGACGAAGACGGAGGUUAUCGUAGGGGAAGCGAAAGAGGUAAUGGCGGGUCUUGCAGGGGUGGAUUUUUUGGUGGUGGAUUGUAAACGGAGGGAUUUUGUUAGGGUUUUAAGGUUCGCUAAGUUGAGCCAUGAAGGCGCUGUUUUGGUACGCAAGAAUGCGUUUCAGAGCACCCUUUCUGGGUUUAGAUGGCAUGGGGUGCUUGAGAAAGGGACACAUGUCGUGAGAUCGGUGUUUUUGCCAGUUGGGAAAGGAUUGGAUAUCGUGAAUGUAGGGAGUAGUGGUGGUGGAGUUGCGAGUUCAAAGAGGAGCCCUAGCCAUUGGAUUAGGUGUAUAGAUCAAAAGUCAGGUGAGGAGCACGUGUUUGGGGGUUAAAUUUUUGGCGGUGCUAGUGCUUCAAGUUAAAGAAUAAAGACUGCAAUGGCCAGCCAUGGAGUUCAAUGUAGGGUGUGAGCUAUUUCCUUUCUAAAAACAGUACUUGUGGUUCAAAGAGUUCAGAUCGUAUAUUUAUGUAUGGUAAAUAUCGCUUUAUCACAAUAUUAUGGGUGUGAUUUACUUUUUGAUA